GGGCUGCAUCACGCACCUUUCCAUUUGGAUUUUUCUUGGGUGUCAUCCGGUGUCCUUCGCCUUCCCACUGCGCACUCAAUUUCCUCGCCCUGGUGGUCCCUGACGUCCCCACAGCGCUUUUGGCGAUAAAUCUGCAGUGGGCAUAGUCGCUCCUGCACCGUGCUGCAUCGAGACAUCACCGCUAACCGCCUUGCUCGCCUUGCUCGCCCAACCACCGUCAGCUCGGUCAACCUGCAUCACCUCCGAGUCCAUUGGCGGCGCAAAGCUGCAGGCAAUCGCCCAGCCGAGCAGGCUAUGGCUGCGCCCUUGUCAGUACCGAGACCUGCCGCUGCUUCGUCUUCAACUUCCUCCAGCCCUCCUUCGUCACGUGAGCAAUCUCGAAAUGCUCUAGUAGAACUUCAUCCGCCGGCGUUUUUACGCCAAAGUCGCCUUGCAUUGCGGCAAAAGUUCGCCAGUCUCACUGUUCUCCAAAGAGGACGGCUUGAGGAUGCACACAAAAAUCCCGAGUCGAGAUUCAAAUUGCCUCAAGAUGAGGCAUCCUUGGUGCGGAAUCGUUACUUGGACAUUCAGCCUUGGGCCAAUUCUCGAGUCCACCUCAAAGUUCCAGAGGGUGAAUGCGACUAUAUAAACGCUUCUCCUGUGUCUCUGCAGAGCUCGACUGGUACAGUAGAAAAGUAUAUUUCAACCCAGGGUCCCAAGAACCUAUUGUUUGGUCAUUUUUGGGGAAUGGUCUGGCAUGAGACUGCAGAUGUGGCAGUCAUUGUUAUGCUCACAAGGACGUUUGAGAGUGGACGCGAGAAAUGCUCACAGUACUUCCCAGCAGAGAUGGGAAGUGAGCCAAUGAUGUUCCAAGUGAGCACAGAAUCAAGCAAAGAGGUCGAAGGAAGCAUCAGGCUUGAGGAAUAUUCCGAAGAUGAUGCUACUCGGUCCAUUAUUCGUAAACUUUCAUUGCGUGUGGGCGAGGUUGAGAAGACAGUCUGGCAUUUUCUCUUUGCUGGCUGGCCUGAUCACACCAUCCCAGAACGCGAGGAUCGUGCUGCGUUGGUCAAGCUGAUUGCGCUAUCAGUAGAGAAGAACGAAGGCACAAACAAUCCUCGCAUUGUACAUUGUAGCGCUGGUGUCGGUCGCUCUGGAACUUUUAUCGCCCUGGACCACCUCCUGCGAGAGCUGCACUCGGGAGGAAUGGACAAUGUGCCAGAUGAUGUCGAUAAGAUAUAUGAGACAGUCACCUCCCUGCGAGAGCAACGCAUGUGGAUGGUUCAAUCGGAACCGCAAUAUGCAUUCAUCUACCAGGUACUCAUGGAGGAGUGGAAUGCAAGGCAAGCUGGAAGCAUUCCCGCUUCUCCAGAGCCGGCACAAACUGAUAAAACGCCUAUCGAUGAAGUGGAAGACAGUGAUGAGGAAGACUAUAAUGACGAAGCCGGACCCUCUGCAAAAAGAGCCAGACUCUUGGCUGAGCUAGUACAGAAUGUUCAGAAGGCAUAUGGACCUAUUCCUUCUGAGGGCGAGGAAGCAUCAAAAUAAGGCACUUCCAAUUUCUAUGACCCUACUAGCAUCUCCAAGUUGGGUUAACUUCCCUUGGAUAUUCCCUUGCUUUCUUUUCUUUUCUCUUUCUUCUCAGCAUCCACCCCUUUUUUCUUUCCCCCCCCUCAUUUUCAGCAUGCAAUAGUUUCUUUCAGUGUCUAUACAUCAGAGUGGCCGAACAGAUUUUGGCCUAGCGAAGUUUUGGCGACGAAGAUAUCCAAAUAGCGCCUUGGACUGUUUAUAUCAACUUAGAGCCUCGCGAUAGAAUAUUUCUCUAGUUUUUCAGUUUCUCAUGGGAAGAAAGAAAAGAAAAAUUGGCGCAAGCAGAGAAAUAUCGACCUAUUAACCCUGAUUCGAACGUGGACCUUU